UUGCGCAUCACGUCACGGAGCAAGCACGCCGCGCCAACGUCCGCCUACCGACCAUGGCACAGGCAUCUCUGUCCCUCCUGCUGCUCAUCUUCUUCCUAUUGGCUCCCACGGCUCUCCUGACACCCAGAGUGGCGGCAGCAGUCGCCCCCUGGUGGGCGGAGCAGGCAUCUCCGGCGGGGCUGACCGUCCAGCGUCGUUCGCCGCCGGCGUUGGACCUCCAGGCGGCGCUUCUGGCAGCGCUGCCCACCGGUGAUCUGUGUCCUUCACACGCCGGCGUGCGGGACCUCUGCCAACAGUGCGCCAAGGUGACCAAGGACCCCAAGGCGUUCCGCAUGUGCUGCAGUAACACACGCGAAGCACGUACCUGGUGCGCUAGCUUCCUCGACUUCGGACUCAACUAAGCAUGCUCCUCAUGGAUGUAUCUUUGGCCUCUCUCACCGUCAACGAUGCCUUGACAACCGUAGCAGCAACUACGAAGGUAUCCCCCAGACCACUGCUAUGGAUCCGUUCUAUUACGUCGCCCGAUUCCAGCAUGGAUGCCAGACAAUCUUCGCUAUUUAUUCUCGCCACCUUUUUUCUUCGUUAAUGCGCUCGUCAAAAUCGUGCAGGCAGUGCGAUAUAUCAAGGUGACUUUGUUAUCCUUUUCAUGGCUAUUCUAUCUAAAUGCCUUCUAUAAAAGAAUGAAAUGCCGCCUGAAUUUUGUAACCGCACUGCACUGUGCUUUCUAGAGCACCCGGUUGCCAGAGAAACGUACACAGCGUUCAAAGAUAAAGUAGGAAAACGUUUUUUCGACUGAUAUUUUUCGCAACGCUCAUUGUAUUUAACAAAUUGUCCAAAGCAGCACACUAUUCCUUGUAUACAUAAACACUCUUAAUGCUUCAAUGGAAUUGUUUCUUUUAAUUAAUACGAGUACUGAUGUUUUCGCCAUUAGGUGAAUGGCUAAGUACUGCCAGUGUUAAGAGAGCUGUUCGACCAAAGCUUCUGUAUUUGUCUGCAUUUCUUGAAUACCAGCCGUUGCAUUUACUUAACACAGUGAGCAGCUCACUGACCUGUUGUUAGAGCCUCUGCAGCAUUCAUUUCCACGUUCGGGUCUUCAUAUCUCACCCUUCUUGCAUGUUGUCGAUGUUGGUGCCUCUGAACUGGGUGCGGACACAAUCGCGAAAUCCGCCUUAGAGUGUGUAUCCGUCCCGUUUAUUUCUUUUCGCGAAUAAACUGUACACUUCUGUGUAGUGAAAACUUUUGACAUGC